UCGGGACAGCACAGAUCUGCAGAGAGUGAGUUUGUGUGUACGAGGGAAGACGUGUGCAGAGCAGGGAGUCGUACAAACUCCCUGCCCUGGCCUGGUGGUCAGCACUCAUGUACUCAGCAGUCGAGUGCAUGAGGGGAGUGUGACGCAAAAGCAAAUUUUGGUUUGGUUUCUGGAUAUCAAAGAAGUCUGGAGUUGAUUGGGUCGCUCCUGCUUGGGAUGAACGUCCUCUCUUAGAUAUAUGGUUGUGUUGGUGAUCUAAGCGAUAUGUCAAUCUCAUCCGAAGGCGACGAGAGGCCUAUUUCGCAGCGUCAUAGUAGUAUUCCAACAGUGACUGAAUUUCGAGACGCAUUUUGGGGCGAUGGAGGGCUGGAUAUUCUUCUUCAGAAUACGAAACAGGCGAACAAUGCCAGCAAGGAACUAGAAGGCUUUGUUCGUGACAGAGCAAAGGCCGAAGAACAGAUCGGAAAGGACCUGCAAAAGGCAGCCAAGCACAAUGCUCAAGUCGGUGCACAUAUUGGAGCGUUUGCACCGGCAUGGAUGGAGCUUGUUUGCGCCUAUUCGGAUAAGGUAGCGUUGGCACAUCUUAGCCUGGCUUCAAAGCUGAUGGAGCUAGCCAAAGAGAUCAGCGCCUAUCACAAUCAUCAGAAAGAGCAGUAUAGGCUGUCUAAGGAUCAGGCAGUGACACCGUGUGCAGAAGCCCUGUCAGCGCUGGAGCAAACUACUUCACAUGCUAACAAGUGCAAGGUAAUGUACCAUCAGGCACAUCACCAGGCGUGUGAGUUAGUAGAGCACCUGUCCAAAAUCAACCGCGAAGCCCACAAGCAAAAGGACCUAGAAAAGCUUGAAUCUCGACUGAAGAAAGCUGACAGCCAUGCACAGCAAUCAGAAUCAGACUACAAGGCAAGCCUUCAGAAACAGGAGACAGCUCGUCAAGAUUUCCGGGAUAAAAUGACAGUUCUGGCUGAUCGACUGCAGAAAACGGAAAUGGAGCAUCUCUCGCAGAUGAAGAAAUUUGUUGCCACGAUAUUAACCGUCGAGCGCAAGAUGGAGAGUACAGUUGAGUUUGUGAAGAAGCACCAGGAUAAGGAGACCACCCUUUCAGCAGAGGUCAUGUUACAGCAAUUUGUGGCGGUGCGGGGCAGCGGCACAACACUGGCACCCGCGCUGAAGUUCGAGCCGCCACCGACGGAGAUGCCCGUUCUGCCAGCGGUCUCUGCACUUACUGGCCAGGUGCAAAGUUCUAGUUCGCUGCCCAGUGUCUCACCGGAUCCUGGCUCGGAUGCGGCAUCUGCCAAGAAGAAGUGGCUUAGGAAGAAAAAGAAGAAGGAAAAAGGAAAGGGUGAGAAAGAAGGAGACACGCCAAGUGCAACGCCCGGACCGGAAGCAAGUGUGGAUGUGGAUGUAGAUGAGGAAGGCUACUCGAUUCGACCAGACAAUGCAGAUCGCGUUGGUUCCAAGGAUGACAAGGACUCUGAUUUCUCUUAUGGCAGUGACAGUGACGAACCUGAAACUGAAUCCAAACUGAGAUCGAUCUCAAUCAGGCCCGUGAAUGCAACGCAAGACAAGGCAAUAUCGGAUAAUUCCAGCGACCUCACGGCUGCGGUGCAGAGCUUGAGUAUCCUGAAACCGGUGAGUGCGUGUGUGCGUGUGUGUGUGUGAGUCCAAUUCUGCCCC